AUGGUGCAUUCCUCCCCGGGAGAUAACUCUCAAAAGAACCUUCCUUCGUACAUCCUCCCUACGGACGCGACAGUCCUGGUCACCGGCGCCAACGGCUUCAUCGCAUCGCAUACUGUAGACAAACUACUGGAGCAGGGCUACAGAGUCCGCGGCACAGUCCGCACUCCUAAACCAUGGCUGAACGAAUUCUUCGACGCAAAGUACGGCAAAGGACGUUUUGAGACGACGAUUGUCUCCGAUUUUAGCGAUGUUCAGAGCGUAGACAAUGCGCUGCAGGGCGUGUCGGGGGUUAUCCACAUGGCAUCUGAUUUGACCUUCAGUUCAAAUCCCGAUGCGGUCAUUCCCUGGGUGAUCGAUGCAAUCCGCACAAUCCUCGAGGCUGCAUCGAAACAUUCAACCAUACGAAGGGUCGUCCUUACGUCUUCUUCGAGGGCCUGUUAUACAGCUACUCGGGCUAGUACCCGCGGCGUGAAGAUAGAUGAGAACACCUGGAAUGAAGCCGCCAUAAGGGCCGCCUGGGACCCGACGACGCCUGACGAAGAAAAGGCGUACAUCGUGUAUUCUGCGUCUAAAGCCGAAUCGGAAAGGUACGCUUGGAAAUGGGUUGAAGAGAACCAUCCUCAUUUCGACUUCAACACGGUGCUUCCGGAUCUCAACCUGGGCAGAAUCCUCCAUCCAGAGAUCUUCGGUUCAACCAUGGGCUACACCCGCAAGGUUCUCCAAGGAGAUCCUACUGCAUUCAGUCUUUUCCCGCCCCAAUGGUAUGUAGAUGUCGAAGACGUGGCCCGUCUCCAUCUAAUUGCACUUCUUGGUGAGAAAGUGAAGGCUCAACGGAUCUUUGCUUUUGCGGCAUCGAAGAACUGGGCCGACUAUAUUCAGGUCUUGCGAAAGUUGAGACCACACAACAAGUUGAUUCCGGACGCCCCUGCGAAUGAGGGACAUGAUGAGGCUGUUAUUCUCCCGGCUCAUAAAGCGGAGGCGCUGCUGAGAGAGUUCUUCGGCAGGGAUGGUUGGACUUCGUUGGAAGACAGUCUGGCUGCUGGAAUCCAAGGUCUUGAGUAG